GUUGCACACUUCCAGCGCAUGCGCAAACACGUCGAAAGCGGAAAGUCCAAGAUGGCGGACUAAGCGACGUGGCUUUCCGGAGAAGUUUCACAUUUACGAUCUUAUAGAUUCAAAAAGAGCAUCAAAUACCUCAACUAUUCGCUUUUUUAGGCCCACCAAAAGGACUUUGAGCGACAGAGUGUUACCUAAAGUGAAGAUUGAAGACGUGAUAGAAGAUGGACGACUACUGCUAUGCUAAGAUGGCGACGUCAUGUCAAAGAGAAAGUGAAAGAGAAUCAGCGCCACCAACGGAGAACAAUCUGAAAAGCGACGAUGAAGACGUCCAGCAGCUGAUGGGUAAUCCAGAAAAAGUUUCCCCUCAGUCAGGGGGGAGCUCCACUUUGAAGCAGGAGACUCCACAACCACCCUGCAUUAAAAAGGAAGAGGAGGAACUCUGCAUCACUCAGGAGGGAGAGUGUCUUCUAGGACGAGAGGAAGCUGAUUACACCAAGUUUCCACUGACUGUUGUCUCUGUGAAGACUGAAGAUGAUGAAGAGAAACCACAAGUAGACAACCUCUUAGCUCCACUAUCAGAUAGUGAGGCUGAAGACGAGGUUGAACUAACUUUAACCAGCGAUACAGACUGUGAAGGUGAUAUGAGGACUCACACUGACAACAAACACUCUGAAUGCUCUUCAAAGAAGAGAGGUAAAACAUGUUUGAGCUGUUCAGUUUGUGCUGAAAGUUUUUCUGUUAAGGGCAUGUUGACUCGACACAUGAGAACACACACAGGUGAAAAAACAAUUGAUUGUACUAUUUGUGGCAAAAGUUUUCCUCAAAAUUGCCGUUUGACUCAACAUAUGAGAACACACACAGGUGAAAAACCAUUUAACUGUUCAAUUUGUGGUAAAAACUAUUCUUUAAAGAGCCGUUUGACUCAACACAUGAGAACACACACAGGUGAAAAACCAUUUAACUGUUCAAUUUGUGGUAACAACUUUUCUUUAAAGAGCCGUUUGACUCAACACAUAAGAACACACACAGGUGAAAAACCAUUUAGUUGUUCAGUCUGUGGCAAAAGCUUUUCUCGAAAUUACCGUUUGACUCGACACAUGAGAACACACACAGUUGAAAAAACAAUUGAUUGUACUAUUUGUGGCAAAAGUUUUCCUCAAAAUUGCCGUUUGACUCAACAUAUGAGAACACACACAGGUGAAAAACCAUUUAACUGUUCAAUUUGUGGUAAAAACUAUUCUUUAAAGAGCCGUUUGACUCAACACAUGAGAACACACACAGGUGAAAAACCAUUUAACUGUUCAAUUUGUGGUAACAACUUUUCUUUAAAGAGCCGUUUGACUCAACACAUAAGAACACACACAGGUGAAAAACCAUUUAGUUGUUCAGUUUGUGGCAAAAGCUUUUCUGUUAAGAGCCUUGUGACUAAACACAUGAGAACACACACAGGAGAAAAACCAUUUAAUUGUUCAGUAUGUUGUAAAAGCUUUUCUAUUCAGAGUAAUUUGACUGAACACAUGAGAACCCACACAGGUGAAAAAUUGUUUAAUUGUUCGGUUUGUGGCAAAAGCUUUUCUGUUAAGAGAUAUUUGACCCGACACAUGGGAACACAUACUGGACUAAGAUCAUUUAAUUGUUCAGUUUGUGGUAAAAGCUUUCCUAAUAACAGCUCUAUGUGGCGACACAUAAGAUCACACGCUGGAGAAAAAACAUUUAGUUGUUCAGUGUGCUGUAAAAGGUUCCCACAUAAAGCAGACGCAGUAAAACACAUGAGAACACACAAGGGAAAAUAACUAGUAGGUUGUUUAGUUUGUGGUAUGUUGCUCAUAUGUGGCGACAUCCACCCUACCCAGGACCUCCUCACUGCUUCUUUCACAAAUAUCUGAGGUAUUCAUACAAACUUGGAUUAUUUGGAGCAUAAUCUUAUCUACUCAUGACCUCAUGUCUUCUCUGUAUCUGAAACCUUCCUGAACAGUAAGAUAGAUGAUGCUUCAAGUGCUUGGUUACUCCUUCUUCAGUCCAGGGACCUGGGGCCUCAUGUGUCAAGUUUGUGCACGCUCAAAAACUUGCACUACGCCCUUUUUCACUGCAAAGUUGAGAUGUAUCAAAACUGACGUUGGGAUGCUGGGUAACUGUUUGCAUAACAAACUGCCAACUUUUACUCCUCAGACUGAAUGAUGUGCAAAUCAGAAACAUGUGAACAAUUAACCCCAACACCCACAACCCAACCCCCACCCCCCUCGACAUUCGGGCAUAACAGGUUCCAUCCGGCCCGCGAGAUGAUUUUGCAAAGUGUAAAAUUCAGCGGCAUUUUUUCAAUGAAAAAAACUGCUGUUCUAAAUCUGUCUACUGGAUGUCGCAAUAUCAAUUCUGCUAGGCAAGCAAAUAGUUUAUACGAGCGCCAGCAAGUAUAACAAGCAAGAGGUACACGGUAAAGCGGGGCCAUGACUCUUCCCCCUUGAUAGAGUGCAUCAUAAAGCCAAGAUGAACUCCAUGGUGUUCAGGGAUGAAUAAUCUCUCUUUUUGCCAUUGUACUAUAUUGUUCAGCUAUAGUUACAUUAAUUAUUAGUAAUGUAGCAGCCUAGGUUGGAAUAGCGAGGUCCCUGCUAUCACAUGUUGAUGAAAAUAUAACAUAUACAUUAUAAAAAUCAACUAAAGGCUUCCCAAAUGCUGUAAUAAAUUAAUCUUUAUGAGUUCGAGCAUAUGUCAGCUUGUGGAAUAUUAAAGACAUACUUAGUACCUCAGGUAACUCUAUUUGUUUUGUUUUUACAUUAUGGAAAAAAUAUCGAGAUGUAUAUUGUAUAUCGCCUGGCAGCAUAUGGAGCGGAAAACAACCAAAAAAUGUAGGCUUCUUCAUGCGACCAAGCCGUCCAACUUUACCAAAGCCUGUAGUCUAUUGCCUCCCGGGCGGUGGUGGCAGCAACAAGGUGGAGACGUGAUGGCGACAGGCCAAGUUACACCGAUCCUUGUGUGUGCGUGUGCGUGUGCGUGUGUGUGUGCGUGUGUGUGUUUGCAUGUGCCCAUUGUUCAGGCUGAGUUGUUGUUGUGUCUAUAGGCCCGGGGUCGCUCAAAGUUCAACUCCCAGGUGUUGUUGAGGAGGGAGGGAGGGUAGUCAGAGUGUCCCUCGCUGAGGUGUCCUUCGGGGAUGUUUCCUAACAACCAUUCUUCUGUUUUUGAGCAGCAUCAAGGCCAUGUGAGGGAGUCAGAUCGUAGAUUAGGAAUGUUGUUUUCGCAGGGAGCAGACAUUUUCAUGGCCUGUCUGCUCUAAUCGUCCAUGUCAGCUCUCAAUGAUGUGAUCCAUCUUGCGAUUUAGUUCGCAGCAAUCUGUGACCCCACAGCUGGACCCAGGCCUUCCAUUGCCACGGACAGCCUUUGUAAGUGAGUGGGCGAGUAAGGAGUGUUGAUAGCAUGCUGGAUGUCCGCUUGUGCCCUGUGGAAAUAAUAAAUAAAGUGAGCAAGUUGUAACUAA